AUGUCCGAGAGCAAGUCCAGUGUCGACUCCUGUGGCUUGGAAGACGUAGAUGCGGACGUGGCAGCAGCAGCGACUGGCUGGUCGUCGUCGCCCAGUAAGUCCAGCAACAGAUCUCCAGAAGUUGCAGGCUGGUUUCCGGACGUUUUGGCCGAUUUCGAUGCUGCAGCCCUGUUGACCAGUGGGAUUCCCUCGUGCAGUUUCACCGGUGGCGGAGGCAUUCUCUCGAGCAGGGCCCUUUUGAUGGACGCUGGCUGGCCAAAGAUCUCCGAGUACUCAAUGGCUCUAGUUUGGAUCUCCAAGUUCAGGUCGGACUGGAACGAGAUCAGCAGCUUUCUCAGUCUCUCGAUGCACGUAGCAGAAUUGAGUUUGGCAGAUAAUUUCAGCAGUGCGGUCAACGCGUAA